UUCUCCGUAUUAUUUAUGCCCAAUGUACCAGUUCCAGCAGUUCCAUCCGUGUAAUCAUGAAUACAGUGAUCCACCGUAGGCCCCUGCUAGCUCUAGUAGCGGUGUUGACGUUCCUUCUCCGACCAGUAGCGACGGCGGCCACGAGUGGCCAUGCCGCGGAUCGCAUCGACCGUCUGCCGGGACAGCCGGCGGUGGACUUCGACAUGUACUCCGGGUACGUCAGGGUGGAGCAGAGCGCCGGACGGUCGCUGUUCUACCUGCUGCAGGAAGCGCCCGAGGAGGCCCAGCCGGCGCCGCUGGUGCUCUGGCUCAACGGCGGGCCCGGCUGCUCCUCCAUCGCCUACGGCGCCUCCGAGGAGCUCGGCGCCUUCCGCAUCAAGCCGCGUGGCGCGGGGCUGUUCUUGAACGACUACCGGUGGAACAAAGUGGCGAACAUCCUCUUCUUGGACUCGCCAGCCGGCGUCGGGUUCUCGUACACCAACACCACCUCCGACCUCUACACCUCAGGCGACAACAGAACAGCUCAUGACUCCUACCGUUUCUUGGGGGAAUGGUUCGAGAAGUUCCCGCAUUAUAAGUACCGUGAUUUCUACAUUGCUGGGGAGAGCUAUGCAGGGCAUUAUGUCCCGGAGUUAUCCCAGCUCAUCCACAGGAGAAACAAGGGCGUCAACAAACCCAUCAUCAACUUCAAAGGCUUCAUGGUCGGAAAUGGUCUAAUCGACGACUACCAUGACCACCGUGGCAAGUUCCAGUUCUGGUGGAACCACGGGCUGGUCUCCGAUGACACAUACCGCCUCCUCAACGACGCCUGCCUCCAUGAUUCAACCGUCCAUCCAUCGCCUGCGUGCGCUGCCGCGCUCAACAUCUACAAGGGCGAGCACGGCAACAUCGACUUGUACAGCAUCUACACACCCACCUGCAACGAGACGGCGGCGAGCCGACGGCGGCCAAAUGGACGCUACCCCUGGAUGACCGGAUCGUAUGACCCGUGCACGGAACGAUACUCCACGGCGUAUUACAACCGGCUGGAUGUGCAGAGGGCUCUCCACGCCAACGUGACCGGCGCCAUAAACUACACAUGGGCGACCUGCAGUAACACCAUCAAUAGAAACUGGCAUGAUGCUCCGAGCUCCAUGCUUCCUAUUUACAAAGAGCUUAUUGGAGCUGGUCUAAGGAUAUGGGUCUUCAG